AUGAUCGAUCGCCUGGAGACAAAUAUCCAGCGCUUGGAAGCUCAUUUUCAGAAGAUCGGGUUUGACCUGGGUGAAGAUGUGAACGGGUCAUCCUUUAUCGACGGACCUGAGCAGUCAGAUGGAUUCUCACCAUCGAGCUCGGCUGAAAAUGCAGAUUUAAUAAAUGACACGGGCGCUUGGGACUCAGAACCAAUACACAUGGACGCUCAACAAGACCCCUCUGCUGCUACACAGAAUGUAUAUCACACCAUGCCCAACCCGGUCCCGGAUGGAAUCCACACAGUAAUACCGGAGGAUCUUCCCUGCUUCUACGUUCCAAGGUGUUUUACGGAUGCACCGAACCCCGGAACGAACCCAGGGCUGCUUGAGGGCUUAUUCCCGGACAAACAUUUCUGCCCAUUGCCCCCGAAAGAUGAGAUUAUAACGUUGGUCAAUGACUAUCUGCAGCAGUUCAACUCGUUGGUUCCCAUAUUCCAACCGUCAUCGCUACUAUCACUUUGUGAUGACGACAACUUACAAGGCAUAUUCAAUUCACCCGGUCGUUGGGCGAGCCUCAAUGUUGCUUUGGCGAUGGGGUAUAUGCUGCGCAUAGAGAAUAACUCUCCUGUACAGAUUGACCGUCAGACCGGCUGGUUGUAUAUGAAGAACGCCUUGGGGGUUUUGAAUGACCUCUGCUUUGGGUUUCCAGAUAUAUGGGCCGUCCAGGCGCUCUUAGGGGUGGUUAUCUUUCUAUUGGGAACAUUGAGCAGCCAGCCUUGCGGUUACUUGAUUUCCUCGGUUGUACGCAUCUGCCAUCAGAUUCGACUUGAACGAAGUGAAAAUGAGUCUGGCUUGUGUCCUGAAGAAGUGGAACAACGGAGGCGGAUUUUUUGGAUUGCAUACUGUCUUGACAAAGAGAUAUCCCUUCGUGCUGGUAUUCCAAUAGCGCAACGCGACGAUGACAUGGACGUCUUAUUGCCAACCGAAGUUCCACUGGAUAACAUAGGGAUCAUGCCAACAACAGACCGACAAGAGACCUUCAACGUAUUCAGGUCAACCUGUGAACUGGCCUUAAUCAAGAGCCAGGUACACAAACACCUCUACUCGGUCGCAGCAGGAGAUCGCCCGCUUGGUGAAGUGGCUGGCUCGGUUGCCAUGUUGGACGAAAAGCUCCAACAGUGGAAGGAUAGUAUUCCCACCGAGUUCCGACCCGAACCACGAAGGAUUUCCGCGUUUCCACAGUCCCCAAUAGCUGCCAUCCUUCUUUAUUUGCAUUUAUCAUACUUUAACUGUAUGAUCGCCAUCCAUCGGAUCACCGCAGCUCAGGGGUCAAGGUUAGGUAUAGAUCUGCUCAAAAGGAGCAGUGUCUACACUUUGCCCAACCAAGUGGUGUUUACGUCGGAAUCACUGUGCACAAAAGCAGCAACAGCGUCGAUUAACUUGAUCAAAUAUAUGCCGAAAUUUAACAUCACCCUGAUUGGGUACGUGAUGACUCAGACUCAAAUACGUUUGUCCUUCUGCUUCCUUGUUCUGUGGCUAAUCUACAAAAGGGUCAUGAUCUACUACCCUAUUUUCGCAUCCAAAACACUGUCCUCGACCAUCGUCCGGAAUCCGCGAGACGCCUCGCGCACAUAUCACAUCGGGCUUAUCAUGCAAGUGGAAACAUUUGUGUCAUCCUUGGCCCUUGGUAAACCCAAUGAAGGGACCGAGGGACUUUUAAAGGACUGUGCCGAGUAUCGCUCCCUGGCGGAGGCUGCAGUUAAGGAGGCUUCACAGAUAUGUUGGGAUCGUAGGGGGUUCUAUGUUUCUUAA